UGCACACCAUCAUACAGUAGCGAAGCACCCGUUGCCACGAUAGUUUCGCAUUUUAGCGUUGUUCGGCGCGCCACCGUGUCGUUUUAAUUUGAAAAGAAAGUUUAAUGUCCUCCUCGAGCUGUAUACCGUGAACGUGAUUAUGAGAUUGUCUCGAUCUCGUGAUUCCUGUGAAUUUCCACCGGUGUGCCACUCAACAGACAUUGGAAGUGUUUGAAACUGUUAAGUGCAUCGGCACGGCGGGACGCCGGCCCUCGAUCCGCCGAUUGGAUUUUCGAUCGCAGUUGCGGAUCGUCUCAAUCAUUCCGGUAUGGCGACCGCAGGUCUUGAGGUGCGCGAGGCUGGACGAGCGCUGCGAGUACAAACGGAAGCGCCGCAUCUCGUUUCCAUGGGAAGCGGCCGUCUGUCAACGGCGGUGACCCUGCAUCCUUUACCCGAAGGCAAGGUAACCCUCGGAUCGAGCAGAGAUGCGGAUAUUUCUGUCGUUGGUACCAAUGUUGAAUCCAUUCAUUGCGCGAUUGAAAACAAUAACGGUGUGGUCACUCUUCACCCCAUAAAUGGAAGCACAGCGGUCGAUGGUGUACCGAUAAAUUCGCCAGUGAGACUCGCUCAAGGUUGCAUGUUGUCGAUCGGAAGAUCCAAUUACAUGCGAUUCAAUCACCCAGCCGAAGCGAAACAAUUAAGAUCAGUGUUGCCGCACUCAAGAAUUUCAAUGGCGCCGAUAAGCUUUUUGCUGCCGGAGAAUCAGCUCCAGGAGAACUAUCAUUUGGAGAGGAAGCCCCCGGUCGCGCCGCGAAAAUCGCCGAGGAACUCUUGUUCGGACGACGAGAUCGGUUUUCUCGGGAAGUUGACGAAAUUCGAGAUGCUCGCGAAACAAAACCGAAACAACUGCGUCUCGCCGAAAGUGUUUCCAGCUGGUGCGAUUACCACGAACGUUCCGGCGGAUCAAAUCCUCGGUCACUCGAGAUCGUCCAGCCUGCUCUCGUUGAAGAACGGGAACAACAAUUCUCCUCUGCAAAAUUUAACCAAUUUGGACAGGAGUCGUUCGAAUACACCCUCGUUCAACUCGUCCUCCCCGUCUCACUUCUUGAACGCUUCGUCUCCGGGCAACUGUUUCGCAUCGUCCUCCUCGAAUCACUGCUCCGACGAAAACCGGCAAAGAGAAGCGAGAACUCCUAGCAGAUCUAAUACGCCCAAUCAUCAGUAUCAAAACACUCCGACGAAUCACAAUCAGAUUCAGAUGUAUUCCUCGGCGGAGUCCUACCUGAAGACCUACAAGCCCUAUUACCGGGAGAACAACAAUGAGAACGCACACAGUCCACAGAAUCCGGUACUGAAGAACUCGGCCAGUCAAGGGGAUCUGAUGUCGCGCAGCCUGACAUGCCAGAGAUCGACCGAUUUCGACGAAACGAAUGAGAGGGAGUACGACAUGAGUCAAAGUUUGAUCGUAACAAAAACCACCACUACGGAAUAUCUUCAGAUGGACAAGUUCGGCUCGAACCCGAGCAUCUGCAACAACGCCAACAACGGCAACUUCUGCACCGGAAGUCUGAGGAACAUGAGUGGCGUGCAGCAUUUCGGCUCGAAUCCGAAUAUUAAACGAAUACAGCCGCCGAGUCCGGCGUUCAACCGCAAUCCGAAGUAUAACGAUCCGAAAAGGAGCUUUGGCCGGGUAAAAAGUCCGACCCCGAGCACCGAAAGCGGUUGCUCGUUGGAGGAACUGCGGGAAAGACAGAUCGACGCGGAGAACAAACGCAGAGAGGCGGAGAACAGGCGGAAACAGGCGAAAGAGGAGAGACUACGAGAACAAGAGGUUGAGAGGCAGGAGAAAAUGAGACUUGAAGAGAUUCUUGCCAUGUGUGCCGAGUACGAGAGGCAGAGUGCUGCGGAGAAACCGAGGCAACCUAACAGAAUCAAAACGAACGGCUCGCUUCCACGUGACAAAAGACUUGGCUACAAUUCGCCUUUCGAGAGCCCGAAAAGCCCCUCGAAAACGCAGUCGCAUUUCUCCUUCGACACGAGUAAGCAAGCCCAUUCGACAUCGUACGAGAACGUAUGCGUGCAGAACUCGAAAAUUAUUUUCCAAAACGGUAAUUCGUCGAGCACCUGCCGAAACCCGGCCAAUCAACCGGAGAUCCAAACGACAAACCCGCAGAAUCACCAUCCGCAGUCGACUACACCGAACCACAAUCAAACGACAAAGUGGCCAAACGUUCAUGGCAACGGGGACUAUAGUUUUUCCGGCUCGAUCGCGCAGGUACGUAGCCCGGGCUACGAUAACGCGACAAUCGACCAUUCCGUAUUAAACAAUAAUAAUAACAAUAACAGUUACGGGCUAACCAACGACGGGGUGAAAGAAACGUCCGCCUACGGGACGAUCCAGUUGAACGGAACCAGAAUCGUCUCGCAAUCGAAUAACACGCGAAAUUAUGAUAACUCGACGUCGGCCAGCGGUAACGUUAGCUUAUAUGAGAACGUUGUACUAAUUUCGGCGCAAAACAACAAUCAAAAUCAUUCCAUACCAAAGAAAAACGGUCAGACUUCGAAUUCGUGCGAGAUGAUUGAGAACAAGUUGGCGAUAUCAAACGACGACCUUCUCGAAGCAAUCGAACAGCUCUCGAUGCUGUCGAAAUCCAAAGAGAUUUGCAUGAUUCCGAAGAAAAAUAAUUUGGAAAAAGACAACGCGAAGUCGAACGAGGCUAAGGCUGAUAAAGAGAGGAAGGAACUCGAGGAGGAGGAUAGACGGAAGUACAUAGAGUUCCUCCAGAAUGAAAAGUUGCAUAUCCUUGGAAAUAUGGACGCGUUGAAGAGGAGCGUCGCGGACAUUGAGAUUCAGGAAGAGGAAAUUAGUAGAGAGUUCGAGUUAGAAAAGGCGCUGCUAUCUGCGGAAUACGAAUCAGAGUCCUUAAAACUCAGUCAGGAUGAGGGCGAAAAGAUUAAAGUGCACAUGCGGAUAAACGAGCUCGAGAGACAAAUGACUGUAGACAAUACAACGCAGGCGAAUUUGCAAGCGGAAGCCAAGCAAAGGGUUCAAAGGGCUCAACAGGCUUGCAGUCGCUUAGAGGAAGAACUAACUAACUGCGCGGACGAAGACGCGCAAUUAGAUAUUAGCAAGAAACUCAGUGCCCAGCAAGACAUCUUGGAAUCUGAAAGGAAAGCAUUUGAAGACUUAGAAUUCCAUCAUCUCGAAGAGGAGGCGAGUAAACUGGCAACUAGGGAAGAAUUACAAAGAUACUUAAGUGAACUGACUACAAAGAUUGAAACCAGGAAGGCCCGAUUGAAUCACUUGGAAUCACAAAAAUCUGAAGCAAAAAGCACAGCGACCAAAGAUGCGAGGAGUCUAGAGAGACAGAAACUAGCGCAUUUGAAGCGGUUGGAAGAAGGUCGAAACCGAGUUAGAGCAAUAAACGACGAAUUGACGAAAUUAGCACAGAAUUCGUGCGAGAACUCUGAAGAGAAACGAUCUCCGAGCAGAGAAGACUUUGACAGGAUCUCAAGAGUUACCACAGACUCUCCUAUUGUCAAUAAUCAGGGUAGCUUAGGAAGGAAGACUAUCGAAUCCCUCAAAGAAAUUGAGAGAAAUCGACAACUUCAUUUAGCAAAACAAGUGGAAAAGAGCUACGACCACCCGGUAGACUUGUCAGGUAGUCUCGGCUGGAAAAGUGGAGAAGCAAUGGACCGCCCGGCAAGCACGUGUAGGCGGGACGGUGGAGGUCAAGAGGUUCAAUCUGGUAGCCAAGUAAUUUCCGAGGAGCGACGAAGGGUCGAAGAAUUAAAACGAAGAGUGCAAGACGAGGUUCGAUCACAAUGGGAAGAAAGAAAAAUGAACUGUACUUCGUUCAAUAGUGUUGAAUCGGGUGAAGAAUCAUCCAGUUAUUCAACAGGGCCAACCGAAAGUGGCAGUGGAAGUAGCGACGGUGCGGAAGGCGGAAACAGCGAGAAAUUGUCCCCCAGCAAACUUUCGGAACUAACAUCACCCAGUCCUGGACCUUCAAACCAUUCCUACAGUCUGCUCCAAAAUGAUAACAUGAGAGACGAUCGAAGAACAUCGAUGGAAGGCGAGAGACUCAGCAAUAACAGCGGAGGAAUAAUCGAUGGAAGCGGAAGUCGUCCUCUUUCACAGACUUCCAGUGAGAUGGACACUCUUGGACCACUGCAACCAGUCAAACAUCGCGAAAAGGCAAAACUGCAGAGGCCACUCACAAGAUACCUCCCCAUCAAGUCGGAGUUUCUGGACCUGAGGCAUCAUAUCGAAACAGCCGGGCACCAGUUACCUCUAAUACACGAUGUCACGGUCGAUACGACUAGUUGCAGCGGUUACUUAUCGAAAAUGAGCAAGAAGUUCCAUCAUUGGAAUAAACGAUGGUUCGUUUUUGAUCGGAAGAGGAAAACCCUGGCAUACUAUAGCGACAACUCCUCUAAGAAGGCACGAGGAGUGAUUUAUUUCCAGUCCAUUGAAGAAGUAUACGUGGACCAUAUGAACACCGUACGAUCGCCGCAACCGUCGCUAACUUUCAUCAUUAAAACGUCGUCCAGACUUUAUCAUUUAAUGGCUCCGAGUCCAGAAGCUAUGCGAGUCUGGGUGGACGUCGUGUUCACAGGUGCCGAGGGAUAUCACGAAUUCGAUCACGGCAUGUGAUGAACUGAAUGUUCUCACGCCUCUGGUCAAGAUUCCUGUUGCAGGUUCGGCGUCGAAACAUGUACCCCGAUCCUUUUGUAGCCUGUAGGCUCAGAACUUCAGCUUCGUAAUAACUUGAAAACAAGGUCAAUUUGGAAUAGAAAUACAGUGGUCCCGUUUGAAGUUAAACAAGACAAGUCCUUGCGUUUCUACAUUGGUGCUGGAUAACAGUGUUCUCCGGAUGAGUAACCAAUAAUCGAAAGAACAAAGAACUACUAUUUCAAAACACUUGUUUCGAUAUUUCUGUGAGUGACUUGGGGAAUAAUGCGUGGUUCUAAUUCACAGACCAUUAAAAUUCUUUAGGCAGCUACAAAAUACGCACUGAAGCAAUAUAAUUAAUGUAUGAAACAUAAAUGUUCGAAAGAACUUGUCGAAUUUUGUACAAGUUCAAGGAUAAAUGUUUCAAGAUGAUGACAGCGAUGAAGACGACGACGACGACGACGACGAUGAUGAUGAUAAUGAUGAUGGUGAUGAUCAUGAUGAUGAUGAUGAUGAUGCAGUCGAUCGAAUAUGUCAAGCAAAGCUUCGAUUAUUUCUGCCAAGGAGUUUAUGUACAAGGGCAUUAAUUGUGUAUGACAUGCGAAAAGUAUUAUUCAUUUGAGUGCAGACUAAUCACGACAUUACUUUAUUCAAACGAAGGGGAUCUUAUAGGAUUUACUGUUUAAAGUUCAUAGACAUUUUUAAUCUAGUCUUCCAACAUAGAUACCAUGAUGAAUACUUUCGAGACAAAAGAUCCUCGACAAUAGUAGACAACGUGUGUUCCGGAGUUAAUUAGAGUCAGGCGUCCCUGAAAAACUGUACAUAGAUCCCAUUUCACAUUUCUUACGGGAUCGACCCCAAUUUUCCGACUUCGAUUUUAACGGGUUUUGUAAGCUGAUAGUAUAUGUAUAAGUCCCUGUUGAUACGUGUAAAAUAUUAGAUGUAGAUACUCGGUAAUUUUAAAAAUUACCGAUAUAAAAUUACGGUAAUCUUCGAAACGUACUAUGAAUAUAGAUGAAAGUAUCGUUGUGUAUAAGUUGCGUUGGAGAAAUGAGUUGUGUCUGACUUGGGAAAUCCAAGGUCCCGGGAUCGAUUCCCGUUUAGUGAUAUAUACUUUUUUUUUAUUGUAACAGUUUAUCGAAACACAAAAAAACUGACACUACGAGUACAUAAUAAAUGCCUGUUUGUUGCACUGACAUUUUCUCUUUUUAUUUCAUCCGGAAAAGCCAUUUGAUACACAUUAAAAAGUAUCUGUCAUGGGGAAACUAAUUGGAAGCAAUAUCACGCCUAUUGUAGCAUUACCUUACAAAGACCCGCUAAAAUCGAAGUCGAACAAUCGGGGUCCUUCCGUUGUUAGUGCGACUUCUUUAAUGUAUAUUUCGAUACCUCGUGAUAUACCAAGGAUUCUACGAAAUCUUCCAUAUCUUUAUAUUUCCAAAGUAAUUUUAUGACACACACGUAUAUAUACGUUACUAUUAAAAAAUAUUUGAUCAUAUUCAUUAGCGUUGAUGUUUCGUUGUCACUAGAAAAGUGAAGAUUGUUCACGUAACAAUAUUUUAGUGAUCAAAUAUUUUUAAGUGGUAAACUAUCACAAUACAUGCUAUAAUACAUACAUAUAAUUAAUUAUUGAUCUAAUCUUAGCCUUCAGAGAAUUAAUAUUAGACGUUCUUGUGCAUGGAUCUUUUACCGCGACAGACUUAAUGGAAUUCCCACGCAAAAUCUGUUAAUAUGAUGAACUUAUUAACCUGUACCAUAAGAAAGUGCAUUAUUGUAUUAUUAAUAACAGACAUAGCUUUUUAUAUGUACGAAACAAUUGUUAAUAUAUAAAUUACAAAUAUUAUUCAACAGAUGUCAUUGAUCAAUUUUAAUCAAAUAGAAUCAUUUCAACUCUAAAUAAAGUUUAUUAAAACUUUAAUUUUGUUGAAUUGUAAGCUUGUAAUUAUUCGUACGAAAUGUUAAUUGUAAAAUUUGAUAUAAUUCGUGAACUUUCAGUCGAGCAACACAUAAAAUACAGAUAACGUAGUAUACAUUGCUCCAUCCUCUAUAAGCACGCAUUAUCAACAAUCGUAUCAGGAGUUGGGCUGAUAGCAAGAUGGCCUAGUAGCACUAGGCCAAUUAGCUAAUGAAACGUUCUAGGCAUUUUAUGGUUGCAUAAAAGUAGAGGAACUAUACAUAGAAAGGGACUAUACUGUAUUAUUAUAAUUUGUAACAGACACGUUUGUAUAAAUAAUUACAUAAGCAUAAAAACUUUUUAAUCGAUCGUAGUAUUUUAGAUACAUUUAUAAUAUUUAUAAUCUUAUGGCUGCCGAAAUUUGACGUUAAGAAUUUUUUUGAUCGUGUCAAUUGUUAAUUUUUUAAAAUUGUGAAGUUUACGAAUACGAAAUUACUAUGUUAAUUUCCAAUGAAGGCCAUGUAUUUUACGAUCGGAUGUAUCUUGCUAGGAUUAUCCUUAUAUUAUUAAAUUAAAAUAAAUUAUAAAUUGUAUUUCAUACCAUGCGUAUGUAUUUUUGGAUAUAUUUACAAAAGAUAUUAAAGCGCUCUUUAUUGAUAAACUACUUACCCUAUUAACCAAUGUAUAAAUACCUGAAUAUUCUACAAGUACGUAUCUUGUACAAUAAAACGAAUCUACGAAUUUACA